CGCUGCUACGAUUCUUUAAUUCUGAAAGCUGAAGGAAAAGUCGACCCAGAGUUAUUCUGCCAGCUGGGUCACUUUAACCUCUUACUAGAGGAUUACCCAAAAGCAUUAUCAGCAUACCAGCGGUACUACAGUUUACAGUCAGACUACUGGAAGAAUGCUGCCUUCUUGUAUGGCCUUGGUAUGGUUUACUUCCAUUACAAUGCAUUUCAGUGGGCAAUUAAAGCAUUUCAGGAGGUGCUGUACAUUGACCCUGGCUUUUCUCGAGCCAAGGAAAUCCACCUACGUCUUGGGCUGAUGUUUAAAGUGAACACUGACUAUGAGUCAAGUUUAAAGCACUUUCAACUGGCUUUGAUCGACUCAAAUCAUUGCACUUUGUCCAAGGCUGAAAUUCAGUUCCACAUCGCUCAUUUAUAUGAAAUUCAGAAGAGAUAUCGUGCAGCAAAGGAAGCUUAUGAAAGCCUCCUGCAGACAGAGAAUCUCGCUAACCAGGUGAAAGCUGCUACUUUACAACAGCUUGGCUGGAUGCACCACACAGUGGAGCAGUUAGGAGACCGAGCCAAUAAGGACAGUUACGCUAUCCAGUGUCUACAGAAAUCUCUGGAGGCAGACCCCAACUCUGGCCAAUCCUGGUAUUUCCUUGGCAGGUGCUACUCGAGUAUUGGGAAAGUGCAGGAUGCGUUUAUUUCUUACAGGCAGUCCAUAGACAAAUCAGAGGCCAGUGCAGAUACGUGGUGCUCCAUAGGGGUUUUGUAUCAGCAGCAGAAUCAGCCAAUGGAUGCUCUUCAGGCAUACAUCUGUGCUGUGCAGUUGGACCACAGUCACUCAGCAGCCUGGAUGGACCUGGGCACACUUUAUGAGUCCUGCAAUCAGCCCCAGGAUGCCAUCAAGUGCUACAUCAAUGCCACACGCAGCAAGGGCUGCAGCAACAUUGCAGCACUCACUGCCCGCAUUAAAUACUUGCAGGCUCAGUUGUGUAACCUUCAACACACUAGUCUACAGAGUAAAAGUAAAAUGCUUCCUAGUAUUGAGGAAGCGUGGAGCCUUCCAAUCCCCGCAGAGCUUACCUCAAGACAGGGCGUCCAGAUCACAGCUCAGCAGGCAAGUAAACCUGCCCCCAGUGCAGGAGGAGGUCUAAUGGGGGCACAUGGCUCAGGACAGUCAUUGCCACCCCACGUUAAUCCUCUUAACCAAGAUGAUGAACAGUCAAGCCCAGCUAAAAGGAAGAGGACCUCCAGCCCUUCCAAGAGUUUUGCAGAAUGGGGUAAUAGCCCAGCACAGCAACAAACUCAAAACUGGCACCUGUCACCACAAAAACUACAGCUAUUGGAGCAGAUGCGGGCUAACAGGGCGAAUCUAAAGCCAGUUCAGUUGCAAAUAUUGGAACAGCUCGAAGCCCAGCUUUCAGCAGUUCAGUUGCACCAGCAACAGAUGAGACAAAAUGCUUCUGGCCAGGUGCGGCCCAUUCUGUCCAAUGGCCCCACAGCCACUCCUUCACUGCCCGUGCAGCCCCUGUCCCGCGGUCCUGCGCUACGCCCUCCCUGCGUUGCUCAGCCACUGGCCAAUGGGCCACUUCCCUGCAACCCCCAGACCUCCUCAAUUGGCAAUAAUCACAUGCCAGGAACGGGAACCAAUGGAGAUGUGCCUUACCUGCACCCUAAUGCACUACCUCACAACUGCACAAGCCCGGGUGAUGCAUGGAAGAGCCAGCAUCUCAGUACCACUCAGGGGCUUCAAAAAGGCCCAGGUUCUCAUUGGGCAGGACCCAAUGGAGAACGGGCGCUCUCUUCCAGUGGCUCUCACAAUCAGGUCGGACAUUCCUCUGCGACCCCUGCCCACCCCACAGAGCCAGCCGUCAAUCACUUGUCCUCGGCCUCCCCUUCCUCAGCCUGUUCUCCCACCUCCUCUUCGCACACGGCUACCUCAGGCGUUCCCCUGACCAAAGAGAGUGAGCACACGCAGGGCAAUGGUCCCACCACCACCAACCACAGCAGCCCCAGACACAUGUCUGGCUCGCCAGCCAGCAACUCCUCAGACAAUCCUCAGCUGGGAAAGGAGAGCCCAGCAGCGGUUGCCAGACUGAACCAUGUGCACCUUGGUGCCAGUUCAGCCACUUCUUCACCUGCCUCUGCGCUGUCGGCCACUUCACCUUUGCCUCGCCACAAUGAGCCCACUGGCAGCCUUACCAAGCUUGGCCCAGCCACAGUGAAUGGCAGUACAAGAGGGUCCGGUUCUGAGGACUCGCAAAGCCCACAAAAGGCUGAGCGAACUGAGACAAGUCACAAACCUGUCCCACCCCUUAAAAUGUCACACUCAUCCUCUACUGUGUCAAUUUAUCCAACCUCUUCAGAUAUCCUCAAAGCCUGCAGAAACCUUGGAAAGAAUGGUCUUUCAGGCAGCAGCAUCCUGCUGGAUAAGUGCCCUCCACCUCGACUUCCUCCUCCUCCAUCACCACCUCUGCCGAAGGACAAGCUCAACCCCCCCACACCCAGCAUUUAUUUGGAGAAUAAGAGAGAUGCAUUUUUCCCUCCACUUCACCAGUUCUGUACAAACCCAUCCAACCCAGUUACUGUCAUCCGUGGCUUGGCUGGAGCUCUAAAACUAGACCUUGGACUGUUUUCCACUAAGACCCUAGUGGAGGCCAACCCCGAGCAUUUAGUAGAAGUGCGGACACAGUUGUGCCAGCCAGCUGAUGAAAACUGGGACGUCAGUGGCACCAGAAAACAGUGGCGUUGUGAGAGUAGCCGCACCCUUACCACCAUUGCCAAGUACGCUCAGUACCAGGCUGCAUCCUUCCAGGAAUCACUACGGGAGGAGAAUGAAAAAAAGGGCCAAAAAGAACUAUCAGACUCUGAAACGUCAUCUUCAGAAAAUGUUGCAAGAAGACGGAAAGGUCCUUUCAAACAAAUUAAAUUUGGGACGAAUAUUGACGUUUCUGAUGAGAAAAAGUGGAAGCUGCAGCUGCAGGAGCUGAGUAAACUACCCGCAUUUGCGCGGGUGGUGUCUGCAGGGAACCUUCUCAGCCAUGUGGGUCACACCAUCCUGGGCAUGAACACUGUCCAACUCUUCAUGAAGGUCCCUGGCAGUAGAACACCUGGUCAUCAAGAAAACAACAACUUCUGCUCAGUAAACAUCAACAUUGGGCCAGGAGACUGUGAAUGGUUUGCUGUGCCUGAGCCAUACUGGGGAGUAAUGAGUGAGUUCUGUGAAAAGAACAACAUUAACUUCCUGAUGGGUUCGUGGUGGCCGAAUCUUGAAGAUCUAUAUGAGGCCAAUGUGCCAGUGUACAGGUUUAUCCAACGCCCUGGAGACUUAGUAUGGCUCAACACAGGCACAGUGCACUGGGUUCAGGCUAUCGGCUGGUGCAAUAACAUCUCCUGGAAUGUGGGUCCACUCACUGCACAUCAGUACAAGCUGGCUGUGGAAAGGUACGAGUGGAACAAGCUUCAGAGUGUUAAGUCAGCAGUUCCUAUGGUGCAUCUUUCCUGGAAUAUGGCAAGGAACAUCAAAGUGUCUGACCACAGGCUCUUUGAGAUGAUCAAGUUCUGUUUGCUGCGCACACUGAAACAGUGUCAGACGGUGAAGGAGGCCCUGGUGACAGCGGGAAAGGAGACCAUAUGGCACGGAAGGAGCAGGGAUGAACCCGCACACUACUGCACCAUCUGUGAGGUGGAAGUUUUCAACCUUUUGUUUGUCACGAGUGAUAGCUACUCCCGAAGGACGUUUGUGGUUCAUUGCCAGGACUGUGCACGCAAGGGCAGCAGUGACCUGAAUGGCUUUGUGGUGCUAGAACAGUACAGAAUGGAGGACCUCAUGCAGGUCUACGACCAGUUUUCAUUAGCUCCUCCACUGCAUUCAUCUUCAUCUUGACAUUAAGACUGUAGUUGUGGACAAUAUUGCAUUACAGGAACUUUAUGAAAUGGACCAUUUUAUGAUAUUCAGGAAAGUCAAGACAGUCCGGUGCUUGGCUUGUGUCCUUAGUGACGGCCCAGGGCUGCCAGCUGAAGCAGCUGUGUGUGUCUAUGCAACCCGUUUGGUAAAGUGCAGCGCGUAUUGUUGGCCUACAGGGGGCGGAAGGAGGAUGCACAUCCUCUCACCAGACUGCUUCCUCCUAUACAGCUCAGCUCUGCUUCUCCAGAGAAGUGAAAUUAAAAUACAGGGGAGAAAUUAUUGGGAAAAUAUUUUGUAUAUAUUGUCUGUCACAACUGGCUUCGUCACUUAAAAGACUACUGACUUGAGAUUUUCCCCCUUUUUAUUUCUUUUUUUUUUGUACUUUGUUAAUGGGCUGAUACACAAUUCUUUUUUCCUUGUGUCUCAAAGGUUCCCUUAUGUGAGGGGACACUAGCCUAGCUGGUCUUUUUGUAUGGUAGAUAGCAAUUUUACCACUUCUUUGGAUGACAAAAUGUACAAAAAAAAAUUUGUAAUGUGAAAAUUAGGUGAUAUAAUUUUUUACUGCUUUUAUGUUUUAUUGGUCUUGUUAUUAUAAAUCCAUGAUGUUCAAUAUUUUGUUUUUUAUGUAAGAAAAAGGAAAAAUAAUGAGGAAGAAAAAAAAAAAAUACCAGCCAAGUCACAAAGCAGAAAUGGAUUGCACAUAGACUGAGGAAUAAAGUUUAAAUUGUGAUUUUUUUUCCCCCUUUGGUUGUUUCUAAUCUUGAUGUACAUUUACACUAUUUAUAAAUACAUAUUUAUUGCUUGGAAGAUAUUUGUUGAUGGAAUGCUGUUAUUUUUUCCCAGAGAACCUGCCAUUAAAUUUGAAGGAGUUUUGUCGUUUAAACGUUACUCCUGCAUUUUCUAUAUAGAAAUAAAACUGCUUAGCAAGCAUUGUACAGAAA